AUAUUCUUAGCACUUAUUUCUUAUUAAUCUUUGUCUUUCUAAUUUCUAUCUCAACCCCCAUACGUCCUUAAGAUGGCUUCUGAAGAUCAAAGUGAAGAAGCUAAAGCAGCUAUUCAAGAACACAAAAAAGCUCCUAAGUUAAAUGAGAGGAUUCUUUCUUCUCUCUCAAGAAAAUCAGUUGCUGCACAUCCUUGGCAUGAUCUUGAAAUUGGACCUAAAGCUCCCCAUAUUUUCAACGUUGUUGUUGAGAUCUCAAAGGGAAGCAAAGUCAAAUAUGAACUUGACAAGAAGACAGGACUCAUAAAGGUUGAUCGGAUUUUGUAUUCCUCAGUCGUCUAUCCUCACAACUACGGUUUCAUUCCUCGCACAUUGUGUGAAGACAAUGAUCCCCUGGAUGUCUUGGUUCUCAUGCAGGAACCUGUUCAUCCGGGCUGUUUUCUGCGAGCCAAAGCGAUUGGAGUAAUGCCCAUGAUUGACCAGGGAGAGGAAGAUGAUAAAAUCAUUGCAGUCUGCGCCGAUGAUCCAGCAUAUAACCAUUACACAGACAUCAAAGAGCUUCCCCCUCAUCGCCUCACUGAGAUUCGUCGGUUCUUUGAAGACUACAAGAAAAAUGAGAACAAAGAGGUUGCAGUUGACCAGUUUUUGCCUGCUCCCAAUGCUGCUACAGUUAUCCAGUAUUCCAUGGACCUUUAUGCAGAGUACAUAAUGCUCACUUUAAGGCGAUAAAGUUACAUACAGGUGGCUACAAUAUUUACAAUAAGUCAUUUCAUCAAUGAUAUAGCUGAAGAUUUCAGGCUAAACUUCAAGUUUUUUACUUUUUUGUAUUUCGGAUUAUGAUUAAAUAACCUUGUUCGGUUGAUUAAUCAUAUCACCGGAGAAUGUUUGUUAAACAUCAUGUGUUUAAGGUUUGAGUGUGUUAUAAUAACUUCCCUUUUCUUAA